GACAGCAAGCUACCGCGUCGAUGGAACCAACGCCGACACUCAGGUCACGGAGUCAAGAUAGAACUGUCCUGUGCAAAAAUACCGAUGACCAAGGAAAUCCUAGGCUAGCAGAGGGCCAGACAGAGUGCCGCUCGCUGGGACUGAACGACCGCCUGGCAAUCGUCACUGGAGGCGCGAGCGGGAUCGGCAGGAGCGUCUGCAUGGUACUGGCUCGAGAGGGCGCCACUGUUGUGGUGGCAGACAGGAACAGGACUGGCUCUAAUGAGACCAUACAGAUGCUGCAAGACUCGUACAAGGGCGAUCACCGCGCCAUCUACGUGGAUGUUUCAAACUCGACCGACGUCAGCGAUCUCUUCGAAGAGAUCGAGUCCUCGUUUCCGGGCAGAAAGAUUAGCGUCGUGGUGAACAGUGCCGGCAUCCCGGGGGUAAACAUGGGGCCAAUACAAGAUACAAGCGACUCUGAAUUCGACAAUGUCAUCGCCACCAACCUCAGAGGAACCUUCCUGAUCGAUCGAGCCUCGGUGAGACACAUGCUGGACAAAAACGUCACGGACGGCUCCAUCGUCAACAUCGCGAGCAUCAUCGCAAAAACUGGCUUUCCUGGGGCCACACCCUACUCCGCAUCCAAGGGUGGCGUCGUCUCCCUCACCAAGGCAGUGGCCCUCGAAGUCGCCAGCAGGGGCAUCCGGGUCAACGCCAUGCUGCCGGGUCCCGUCGACACGCCCAUGCUCGAAAAGUUGCCCGCUUCGGUGGUGACCGCCUUCGUCGAUGCAACAGCCUUCAAGCGCGAGGCCCGGCCCGAAGAAAUUUCGGAGACUAUUGCCUUCAUGUGCAGCCCGAAAAGCAGCUUCAUGACGGGAGCGGCAAUCGAUGUCACCGGGGGUAUUAUAGCGUAAUCUAUGCAGCUAUAAAAAGAAGUACCUUAAAAUCAGAACGUUCGUAGUUUAUAUUGCAGAUUUUUUAUAUGCAGCGCUGGCUUAAUAAAGAAAUGCGUUAUAAGGGU